CUGACGAAUAAUAAAGAAGUUGCGGUUGUGGCUGGUGAUCAAAGUCAAAUAUUUGGCUUGAAUGCUUACAAAUUGGGUCAGCUAGUAAUGUCCUGGCCGCCGGCUAUACAGCUCAACCCAUUUCGAUGUGAAUUUCCCAAAAACAGAGACCUAUCAGCUGUCGCUCCAUUAUGACGCUAAUUGCCAGGACAUACUGGCGAAAGGAUUAGCAGCAUGCAAAGUGUUUGGCGGAGAAUCGAUGAGACCGCAAAAUCAGGAAAAGAAAGGACAUGAGAUGACACGGCUGACCCAUAAACCGUUUAGUUUGUCCUAAUCCGGUUAUAUAUCCGGAUUAGCGAGCCAGUUGUGCCAUGAACGCGUAUUUUUUUCGCUACUCCCGAGCACUUUACGACACUUUUUAGGUAAUGAAUGGGAUUACAUUUUUUUAAUCCACUGCCACCCGCGUGCUGUAAAAAAAUUAAUGACAAAAAAAACUGCAUACAGGUCAGUAUUUGGCCUGCGAACACCGAUUGACCUGCGAGGAUGGGCCUCAUGAAUGGGCAGGUCAGAAAUAAAGGAUUGCGUAUAAAAUAAGCCAGCAACGCUGAUGCAACCAGCAAACGCAGCUAAGCAAUCGCACAGACAAGAUGUGUCUGAUCCAGAAAAACACGGAAUUCAAGGAGAACUCGAAGACGAAUCCUUCCCAGGAAUCGCCACCAAAAUCUCCCACCGCCGCAUAUGCAAUGUUCAUGCACCGCGAAGAGUUGAGAAGGAGAAAAAUUCACGUUUCUCGGGUUUCUGCCACCAAAAUUCACCUCACGAGCGAAUUAAUCGAAAGGACUAAACAGAAUAUCAGGCAGUGCAGCUUCGAGGAUCUGGAGAUUCUCGCCAGGGAGACGCUCUUCAAAAAGAAUCUGCAGCGACAUUUGUACUAUCGGCGCAUGCAAAUUCAUCAAUGGAUGAUGAUCAAGAAAAAGCAGCAAGCCAAGGAGAAAAAAUGAGCGAAAUGUAAUAAAAUUAAGUAAUAUAAGAACAGCAAAGUGAUUAUUUAAUAGUAAUUGUAUUGUAAAUAAGGUUUAAUUAAUAUCAAUAAAAAUUAAGUAAAAUCAAAUCAAUUGUAUUGU